UGGUCUGGAGUACCGAAACUGCUCCCGUCAGUUCUCCGCCAGCACCAUCAAUUGGAUAAACCCGGGCGGGUUUGCUGGUGCGAAGCACUGUUCGGCGAGAGUUUGAACUCUGAAAGUACAGCCUCAUUUUACUUCAAUGUUGCCAUCUUCUAUCUUCACACACACACACAUUUUUAUGUACUGAGACAUCGGCUCUCCUAAUACCUUGGGCCUUGACGCUAUGGCUAUCUUGAUGUCCCCGAUAAAAGUUCCUUCUACUUCCGCUAAGCUGAGUUCGAAGCUUGCCCCCGAAAACACUAUACACGAGUAUCUACUUCCAAGCUUCCUUCAUUUCCCAGACUUUCGUAUAGAGACUCGCAAAUGCUUUAAGAAAGCCUGUCCACCGAUUCGUUUUGCGCUGAAUAAUCAGUCCACCAUUCAGACAAUCCGGAACAAUAAUGGGAAACUCACUUCUAGGAAAGACAGUAGAAAUCCCGUGUUCAGUGAAGGCAGAGAUGAAGACGAAAGUCGUGGACCUAUUUGCCCUGGUUGUGGAGUCUUUAUGCAAGAUAAAGACCCAAACGUUCCUGGGUACUAUCAACAAAGGAAGCUUAAAGUGGCAGAAAUUUCGGACGAGAACGAUGUGCUUGAUAGUGAACUUGAAGGGUUUGAUGAGGGUGGAUUUGAAGAAGAUGAUGAGGACGACGAGGGGUUUUUGGAUGAAAGUGAAGAUGAGUUCGAAGAAAUCAAAGGGGGAUUAUCAGAUCAGUUUGAUUGGGAUUCUGACGAGUGGGAAGCUAAAUUACUCGAAGAAGAGGAUGACAAGCUGAUUGUGGACGGAUUUACUCCAGCGGGGGUUGGGUAUGGUAACAUCACGGAGGAGACUCUGAAUAGGGCAAAGAAAAAGAAAGUGUCCAAAGCUGAGAAAAAGAAAAUGGCUAGGGAAGCUGAGAAGGGGAAAGAUGAGGUUACUGUUUGUGCUCGGUGCCAUUCAUUGAGGAAUUAUGGGCAGGUGAAAAAUCAAACAGCUGAGAAUUUAAUACCUGAUUUUGAUUUUGAUAGGUUAAUUUCUACCCGGCUGAUGAAACCUUCUGGCAGCGGCAGUGCCAGUGUAGUUGUCAUGGUUGUGGAUUGUGUCGAUUUUGAUGGUUCAUUUCCUAGAACAGCCGCAAAAUCACUGUUCAAGGCCCUGGAAAGAACCAUGGACGACCCUAAGCUAAGCAAGAAGCUGCCAAAGCUUGUUCUCGUGGCAACAAAAGUUGAUCUUCUUCCGUCUCAAGUCUCUCCCGCAAGGUUAGAUAGAUGGGUGCGGCAGCGUGCAAGGGCUGGUGGAGCACCCAAGUUAAGGGGGGUUUAUAUGGUCAGUGCACGAAAAGAUUUAGGUGUAAGGAACCUGCUUUCCUUCAUAAAAGAAUUGGCUGGUCCUCGCGGGAAUGUGUGGGUAAUUGGAGCUCAAAAUGCAGGCAAGUCUACGCUAAUCAAUGCAUUUGCCAAGAAGGAAGGAGCUAAGGUUACGAAACUCACGGAAGCUCCAGUUCCUGGAACGACACUUGGGAUCUUGAGGACUGGAGGAAUUUUGUCAGCGAAGGCCAAGAUGUUUGACACUCCAGGGCUUUUGCAUCCAUAUUUAAUGUCAAUGAGAUUGAACAGGGAUGAGCAAAAAAUGGUUGAGAUACGAAAGGAGCUUCGGCCACGGACAUACAGAAUGAAGGUAGGGCAGGCUGUUCAUGUUGGUGGUUUGAUGAGACUUGACCUUAAUGAGUCUUCUGUUGAAACAAUAUAUGUCACAGUUUGGGCAUCACCUAAUGUUUCUCUGCACUUGGGGAAAAUAGAAAAUGCUGAUGAGAUUUGGAGGAAUCAUGUUGGUUUUAGGUUGCAGCCACCCAUUGGCAAUGAUCGCACAGUUGAAUUAGGCACAUGGCAAGGGAGGGAAAUAAAAGCUUCUGGAGCCAGUUGGGAAGUUAAUAGCAUAGAUAUAGCAACGGCUGGUUUGGGUUGGUUAUCUUUGGGUCUAAAAGGUGAAGCAGCUUUGACAUUGUGGACCUACGAUGGCAUUGAAGUAACUAUGAGAGAGCCCUUGGUUCUUGACCGGGCCCCAUUCCUUGAGAGACCUGGUUUUUGGCUGCCGAAAGCCAUUUCUGAUGCUCUUGGCAGCCAAUCUAAACUUGAAGCUCGGAGGAGGAAAAACCUUGAAGACGACACAGAACUUGUGGCAGAGGCAUCUGCUUGAACAACAAGCUUGCCUCUUUUAUAGAAUACAAGUUGUAAACGAUAGAACUAUGCUUUUCCCAGGCAUUAAAUUAGGGUAAAGUUUCCAAUGAGUUGUGAACAACGAACAGAGACUAAAAAUGGGGUAAAUAUUUUGAGGAAGUUGACAGAUGUAAAAGCAUUUUGUAAUUUCCCUGAUUUGGCUACCAAAAAUAGGUUAUCUGGAUUGAAAGUACUUGUGACUCUUUCUAAGUUGAUGGAUUAUGACAUGAGUAAAUUAAAUCCUGUAUUUCCGGAUGAA